CGGCUGCACACCAAACGCAGCACUCCAGAAGUCCGUUAUCACCGUAUUGUGUUAUCAGUUGUCACGGCGGCGGUGGCAACCGACUCAGUUUCGGUGACCCGCUCCGCUCAGAGUGCUCAGACACUGUUCGCGUACGCCGCACGUCACACGCACACCGGAUGUACUAUCGUUUGUUCGUCGCGUAGGAUGCGAUUGGUUUCUUCCGGAUCAUCACGAUUCACGACCAGCCGUCGCGCACGUACGUACGUCCGAUACGCCUAGAGGAGAAAAGUGACUUUUAUCGUCGCCGUAAUGGAUACGUGGCAUAGGAUGCGGCUGAAACUGUACUCCACUUGUCUGUUUUUCUUGGCCUUGGACUGUUCGGUAGUCAUGGGUUCCGAUGUUGAGAACCAUUUGGAUAUGGGACGCGACUUUCUGGCUCGCGGACAACUCCAAGACGCCCUAUCCCAUUAUCAUGCCGCAGUGGAGGGCGAUCCAAAUAAUUAUUUAACUUAUUUUAAAAGAGGUACAGUUUAUUUAGCCCUAGGAAAAGCCAAAUUCGCGUUAUUAGACUUUGGAAAAGUUCUUGAACUCAAACCGGAUUUUACAGCUGCACGUUAUCAAAGAGGUGUGGUCCUGAUGAAACAAGCUUCAAUCGAAGACGCAAGAAAAGAACUCUACAAUGUGUAUAUUGCCAAUGGUGAUUUUUCACAAGAAGCAUAUGAUUUAUACUCAAAACUUGAUGGUCUUGCUUACGAUAUAGAAUUAGCAAACUACUAUCAAGAAAACAAAGAUUAUGAAAGUGGUAUAAGUUCAUUGGAUCGUCUUAUAGAACAUUGUCCUUGGGCUCCUUCAUUACGCGAACAACGAUCACAAUUAUAUUUAAGUAUUGGAAAUGUGCAACAUGCUAUUAUGGACUUACGGACAACAACUAAACUCCAAGCUGAUGAUACAGAUGGCCAUUACAAAUUAUCAAAAAUUUAUUACAGUAUAGGAGAAGUAUCUGAAUCACUAAAAGAAAUUAGAGAAUGUUUAAAAUUAGAUCCAGAUCAUAAAUCAUGUCACUCACAUUAUAAAAUUGUUAAAAAAAUUGAUAGACUGAUAGUAGACAGUCAGUCAGCACUCAAUAUCAAAGACUUUUCCAGUAGUAUUCAAUUUGCAAAGAAGAUAUUAGACAUAGAAAAAGACACUGAAAACAUAAGGUUAUUAGCCUUGGAAAAACUUUGCCACAGUUAUCAACAUACAGAUGAUUUAUCAUUGUCACUGAAAUACUGUAGCGAUGCACUAGAAAUAAGGCAAACACCAGAUCUUUACUGUCUGAGAGCAGAAGGAUAUAUUGCUAAUUCUAUGUUUGAUGAAGCUAUUAGAGAUUUUGAGCAUGCACUUCAUAUCGACCAGGAGCAUAGACAAGCAAGUGAAGGAUUAAAAAAAGCAAAGAACUUACAGAAACAAGCAGAAAGAAAAGAUUAUUAUAAGAUAUUAAAUGUUAAAAGAACUGCCACUAAACAAGAAAUAAUUAAAGCAUAUAGGAAAGCUGCUCAACAAUGGCAUCCAGAUAAUUUCCAAGGUGAAGCCAAAAAGAAUGCAGAGAAAAAGUUCAUUGAAAUAGCCUCUGCCAAAGAAGUUUUAACUAAUCCAGAAAAACGAGAACAAUUUGAUCGUGGUAUCGAUCCACUAGAUCCAGAAUCUGGGCGUCAUCACCAAGACGGUUUCAAUCCAUUUCAACAGUUCCAUCAAUUCCACGGGAGCCCUUUUACAUUCAAAUUCAAUUUCAACUAAUUCUUAUUAUGGUACAAAAACAAACAUAGGUGCCAUAAUGAGUUUUGUUAUCAUCCCAUUAUCUAGGGUUCAAAAGGCUGUGUAUGGUAAAAUGUAAAUAGAGUAAUGCAUAGAAAAUGUCAUUGUGUAUAACUAAAAUCGUAUAUUAAUUUAUUGUACAUAGUAAGUAAUAAACAAUAACAUCCAAAUACAAUUGUAACAUGGUAACUUAUGAUUUAUUUGACUAUGCAAGUAUAAUAGUUAAACUGACAUUUUUUCUACAGUUAAUAUCUUCAAACUCUAUUCAAUAACAAUGCGAUAAUUUUAAAAUUAAAAAGAUUGAUAAUUAUUCUUUAUUUUGAGUUUCAUUUUUUAUAAAUGGUCUAUUGACCUUAUUUCAUGGUUAUAGUGAUAUUUGUUCACAAUCGAUUAAAUUAAAAAAAUGAAAUAAUGUUAUUAAAAUAAAUUAAUUUUAAAUAAUUUUUUUUCUAUACACCUAAAGAUAUUUGUAUCUUAAGUCUUAUAAACUGUGUAAUUUACUUAUUUUUGUCUAUUGUUACCGAAAUAAUGUGUCUAGUCCAAUUUCAAUUUUUUAGAAUCAUUGAUGUAAAAACAUUAUUUCCACGCAUAAACCUGUCUUUAUUGUUAUUUCAACAUAUUUUGUCUGUUAAAACCUGUAAAACGAAUGUCAUCAAUAUAUGAAUGAGAAUUGUUUAUCACUCAAUAUGUAAAUGUUUAUGAUUCAAAUAUUAAUACUAUUUAACAAUAUGGAUUGUUCAUUUUAAAUGGUCAUUGACUCAAUGGUAAAUUUGAUAACUGUUUAAGUUAAUUUUAGACAUGAAUUGAUUGUGUACAUAUUAUACACCAUACUUGUCUCAUUGAUGAUUAUUUAAUUUAAUUUAACAUUUAAAUAUUUAGAUAUUUUUGUACAUCAAAAUUACUAAGACUAUUUCCCAAGUCUCAUGUUUUAACAUCGAGACAAUUCUCAUCCGUUAAUAUUUUAUAUGAUAAAUCAAUACAUUAUCUAUUUGUUACACUAUAAUAGUAGUUUACAUGGUGUGUCAUAUGCUCGUUAAACAAGACUGAAAGUAUUUUUUUUUGCCGAA